ACUAUGUUUACUAUUUCUACCAUCAUGACGCUUCUUCAAUAAACCUCCAGCCAGAAAAAUCAUCGAUUUCUUUCCGACACUGAAAAAUACGCAACAUGUCGUCCCCCGCCAUGGAUAAUCGCUCGCCUGAAGAAAAAAAGGCCGCACUCAGAAAGCUUCUUAUGGUCGAUUACCGCUAUGGUGAAAGGUUUCCCAGGGACGGAGAUAAAGAAAUCGUGGAAUGGCUAGACCACGUCGAUGAAUCGCUGGAGAUCUUUCGCCUGGCUGAUGGUGCGCGUUUCGCCAAGUACAACCCCCCCAUCCCAGUCGAAUACCCCCCUGAGCACAACUACGAAUUCAUUCCCGACAUCAGAGAUAAUGUACGCGAUUUGACACCCUUCGGCCCUGACGAAACACAAAGAGCAUAUCGUGAAGGGGAUAUGAUUCGUGCCGGAAUGCAGGCGAGGGAGCGAUACGGCGUGUGGAGAAUCAUGAAGCUCAAGAAACACAUCCAGAAAUUCUGGGAUCCGAUUGAGAGUCAGGUACAAAAGAAAUUUGAGGAGAAGCUUGGCGUCGAAGUGAAGUUAUUCUAUCUUGAUCCCGCCCGUUCCCUGCCCUCGCACAUGAUUAAGCACAGAAAUCGUUUAUUCUCCCCGAUCAUUGAUGUUGUACUUCCCAUGGAUUAUGGCAACCUCGGAAACAUGGUGCGCAGCAAGAACCUAAGCGGUGCCGGACUGGUCAUGGGCGAAGUUAUGGAGAAGUUCAUGAGCACUCUCAAAGAACUCGAGGACGAGAAUGACCUCCCCAUGCCGAAGAAAGACGGAAAAUACCUCCCUUGGUCGUCUAUCCUAGCACCCAUUUUCUGCAUCAAUGAGGGUAUCGCUCAGGAAAAACCACUCAUCUGGUCGUGCCGUUCGCGAUUUGCGUUUAUGGGAAUUGGAAGCAGUGAAUCGUCCAAUCUGGGUCUAGUCAUGCUUCACGACCGCUCGAUGCCCAAUGAAGCGGACGGUAUUGCCGUAUGGUAUGAACCGGACUUCAUAGACCCUCCUUACAUGUAAGGAACUGGACGGAAUCGCCGAGAAUUAUUAGACGGCAUUUGGAGUUAAGGGGGUUAAAUCAUAG